GGAUCUACCGCACAGAAAAAAACAAAGGCACAUUGUAUGAGCUGACUUUCAAAGGAGAUGCAAAACAUCAGUUCAAGAAGAUUGUUUUAUUCCGGCCAUUUGGUCCUGUAAUGAAAGUGAAAAACGAAAAUGUCAAUAUGGCUGACACACUUAUUAAUGUCAUUGUGCCACUGGCCAAAAGAGCCAGCAAAUUUCGGCAAUUCAUGCAGAAUUUCAGGGAAAUCGGCAUUCAGCAGGAUGGGAGAAUUCACCUUACUGUAGUUUACUUUGGAAAGGAACAAAUGAAUGAAGUCAAAUCAAUACUUGAAAAUACCUCUAAGUCAGCCAACUUCAAGAACUUUACCUUCAUCCAGUUGAAUGAAGAGUUUUCCAGGGGCAAAGGAUUAGAUGUUGGUGCUCGAUUUUGGAAAGGAAACAAUGUUCUUCUCUUUUUUUGUGAUGUGGACAUAUACUUCACAGCCGAAUUCUUGAACUCCUGUAGAUUGAAUGCACAACCAGGGAAGAAGGUAUUUUAUCCUGUUCUCUUCAGCCAGUAUAACCCCAGUAUAAUUUAUGGUCACCAUGAUUCCAUCCCAUCUUUAGAACAGCAGCUCACUAUUAAAAAAGAAACUGGAUUUUGGCGAGACUUUGGUUUUGGGAUGACUUGCCAGUACAGAUCUGAUUUUAUCAACAUAGGUGGCUUUGACCUGGACAUUAAAGGCUGGGGUGGUGAAGAUGUGCAUCUGUACCGCAAGUACCUUCACAGCAACCUCAUGGUGAUCCGAACGCCUGUCAGGGGUCUCUUCCAUUUGUGGCAUGAAAAGCAGUGUCUGGACGAGCUGACUCCAGAGCAGUACAAAAUGUGCAUGCAGUCCAAGGCCAUGAAUGAGGCUUCUCAUGGCCAGCUUGGGAUGCUUGUUUUCAAGCAAGAGAUUGAGACACACCUGCAUAGAAAGAAAUUGAGCAAUAAGAAGACAUGAAUCCAGAAAGGGAUGUUAAAAUCUUCUGAAUUGGACUUUAGGGUGUUUUGGAAAAGAAGUUUUAACCAGAAAAGUUGGAAUGAGACUGAAGGAGGAUGGAGAUUCCAGCACGAUGGCAUCAAAAGAAGAGAGAAAGGUCUGUUCUCCCUACUUUUGUUUUAAUUCUAAUGAGGAUUUUAAGUACUCCAUUAUUCUGACUGUUCAGCACUUGCUUCUGGGGAAGACUUGAAUAUUUAAUGAGAUUCAAGGUCACAUCAGAGAGAAAAUGAUCAUUGUGUGGUAUUAUGUGACCAGUGUGGUGUUCACACUAACAAAUGGAUGUGCUUUUCCUUUGAAAUGUUUGUAAGAUGUGUAUAGUUAUUUAAAGGAUUGACCUUUUGGUGGGCCAAUAAUUAGGAGUUAUUUUUUACAUCUAACUUGAUAUAUCUAAAAAGGACUAUUUUUUUAUAAGUACAGAGACUCCUGCUCUGAGAAGGACAUCUGAGUGUUAACCAUGAUAAAGCUGGAAUGACCAAAAAUACUUUUAUUUUAAGGGGCUGGGAUGGGGGACCAGCAGCAGUACAUUAACAGGCCAUUUUCUGUUCAUCCAGAGAAAGAGGUUUCUCAGAAAGUGCUUUCUAAACUUAAGAAAGAGAAAACCUUACUGGUCAAGUGUGACCCUGUGGAGAGUGAACCAAAAGCAAUGAGCCACAUCUGUAUCGUGUGAACCAGAUCAUGUAUUUCUGCUUUAGAAUGCUGUAUUUAUUUCAAGAUUUAUUUUAAAAUUAAAUUUGUAUGGCUUGGGAA